GGAUGUAUAUUAUUUAUAAUUUAGGCUGAGUGGCACAGUUUCGAGGUGGUCCUCACUUCAUCGCUUUUGUUCUGAUCGGUGCAUCCUCUGGCUAGCCGGACUGACACCGCAAUACAUUUCCACGCUAUUGAAACUGGCGAAGGUCCUGCGUAGCCGAUGCUGAAUAAGGAAAGGCCUCGGCGAGUGAAGUCAAGGAUCAGGAUCUGCUGCGCCCGGAGUUCGGUGCCCCCGACAUCCUUACCAACAACUGGGUCUCCAACGGCGCCGCUGUCGACCGGGCCGUCUCCCCAAUACCGACGCUCGCCAGCACUGAGUCGUCCGUCUCCAGCCAGCCGCACGUCUUACCGUCGCCACACGCCAUGCAGCAGCCUUCGGCACCGACCUACUAUGGCGGCGCCAGCGACGACUACCAGGAGCCGCUGACGGGCUCGGCGUUCGACUUCAGCGAACAGUCGGUCCGCAAGGGCUUCAUCAGGAAGGUGUACUCGAUCCUGAUGAUGCAGCUGGUGGUAACAGCCGGCCUCAUCGGCAUCUUUUUCGCCGAGAGCGUACGUGAGUACGCCGUCAAGAACACGUGGAUCUUUUGGCUGGCGUUCGCCGGCACGCUCGUCUGCAUCUUGACACUGGCCUGCUGCACGGACAUGCGACGCAAGACGCCGCACAACUUUAUCUUCCUCGGCGUCUUCACUGUGUGCGAGGGCGUGCUGCUUGGGUGCGCCUGCGCCUCCUUCAAGGCGUCAGAGGUGCUUAUCGCCGUCGGAAUCUGUGCGGUCGUCUGUCUUGCGCUCACCAUGUUUGCGUUUCAAACCAAGUACGACUUCACCACCUGCAACGGCGUGCUCUUCGUCUGCCUUAUCGUCCUUAUGAUCUUCGGCCUGUUCGCCAUGAUUUUCCCGGGCAAGGUGAUCAGCCUCAUCUACGCGUCGCUUGGGGCUCUGCUGUUCUCCGUGUACCUGGUGGUGGACACUCAGAUGAUGAUGGGUGGCAAGCACCAGUAUACCAUCUCGCCGGAGGAGUACAUCUUCGCCGCGCUGAAUCUCUACCUGGACAUCAUCAACCUCUUCCUCUACAUUCUGCAGAUUGUGGCGGCCACCAGCAGAAACUAAGUGGCAUCUUCAAAUGCUUGCUGUCAGCUAAGGAGUUACCAUGUGUGAGCAUUGUCCUGGCUUGGUGCAUGUGGGAACUUCUUCCAUCUUAUCACAUGCGAUUUAGCAGGGCGAAUUAGCUUCCUUCUGUAAAUGUAGAGCUGUUUGCACCAGAUAUGGCACUGCAGGGUUCAGGUGUUUCCGUAAAUCCUCUGGCACCUGUAAUGAAUUUCGUCAUCCAUGGAUGCUUGUAGACUAUUGAGCUGUAAUGCUAUGUAACAGUUGAUUAAUUGGACUGGUAUCCCAGCACCACUUCGAUGUUUUUGAAGAAGAACUUCGAAAGCUCAUGGUGCAGCAACAUUUUACCCUAUAUCAUAACUAACUGUUGUGAAUCUUGGUCUCCCAGAUAGUUUGUCUAUUAGUCAAAGGAAAGCCCUGAAAUCUUGCGCUGGUAUCUUUACUGCACUUGUGAUCUAAUGUGCUUCCUUCAUGUCACAUCUCGCCUCCCCGUCUUGUUGUAGUUUGUGUUGGGGUUUGCGUUUGUUCAGUACUAAGUAAUCCUUCACGUUUUGCGGAGUUGCGCGCGGCUCCGAUGUGUUUCGAUUGGCCAACCGUGGCGUGUGCUUUUCGCUAUUGUCGGUCAGAGCCUCGACACCGGCUGAUGUGCUGUGAGUUGGACUUUGUCUUGUUUGUUGAUCACACAGAGGUGUUUAUUCUGAUGAUAAAGGUGCCAGUGUCAGGUAUUUGGGGGCCAGUCCGGACCGGAGCGCACCACCAGCAUCAUGUUCUAUCUACACCGUGCGUCAACGUAGCCCCAGUCUGGACGCCACGCGCAGCCCUUCACCCAGCGUCGGCCGUGCGCAUGCGCGCUGCCACACGGCAUGGAAGGGCCACGGCGGCCCCUUGGCGUCUGCCGCCGUUCGUAGCUGGCGGGGUGUGUGAGCUUGGUCUUUGGGCCGGGGUGGGAGCGAGCGAGGCGGCGCCGCUCGGUCUGCCCCUUAUUAUGUAUGCCCCGGCCAUAUAUAUAUUAUAUAUAUGGCCGCAGAGUGUGACUUAGUGGCAGGGACGCGCUCGCUGCCAAAUCUGAGCUGUGGCCGCCCGUGCCCGGGGAACGUUAACAGUGCCCUGCUUUUGCCCGUCUCAAAUCUGGCGUCGUAGGGCCUUCGCCAAGGGACCGGAUGAUGGUGAUGUGGUCGGUGUGAGUGGUCGGUGAUUUUUGUUGUCUGCUAUGUAGAAGUUGAUCAAAUAGUUUAUUUUUCCGUCCUCAGACGUACGUUAGCUUGCGCUGCACCGCUGAUCACGUACUGUUUAAAGCUGUGGAUAGCUUGCGUUUGUCGACGAGGUGCCGUUUCUUUAAGGCUUAAGUGGAUUAUUUCAACUUGUGUUAAUACAAGAUAUAAAACGCAA